CGACAAUGCCCGCCUACACGCCCCACCAGACCGAGCUAGCCGCCCCCUCCACCCCAGUCGGCCUCUUCCCGCCGCUCGACGGCCCGACGACGCUCUACUUCCGCGACAAGAUCUUCAAGACCAGUGAUACCGACACCGCCGUGCGCGACGAGGACGGCGCGAUCGUCCUCCGCGUGCUGGACCACGCGUUCGACCGCCGCCGGCGCAUGGACCUCACCGACCCCGAGGGCAACGUGCUCGUCUCGCUGCGGUGCAAGCUCGCCACCUGGCUCGGCAAGGUCGUCGCCGAGGACGCGGAGGGCAAGUGGCUCCUCGACGCCGAGUCGCGGGGCAGCUGGAAUGGCAAGCACCUUGCCAUUUCGUACGCCGACUACUCCGGCGAGCGCCGCAGCCUCACGCUGCGCUCGGACCGCGUCGGGCGCAAGGUCGACGUACUCGCCAACGACGACGUGAUCAUGCACCUCGAGCACAAGAUGCUCGGCAAGGAGCACCUCGGCAAGAACACCGACUCGUGGUACCUCUUCCUCGCGCCCGGCGUCGACUAUGUGCUCGCCACGGCCGUGUGUCUCGCGUACGACAUGUACAAGGAGCAGCAGGCUGCGCGGCGUGGAUAAGCCAGCAGCAACGGUGUGGUGGGCAUCCCCUUAGACCUAGCCCCUGGAAGGAUCCUAGUGUCGCGGUAGUUUGUUAGGC